GAAACUGUAAAAACUGAAGCGAAAAAAUGCUUGGCGACUUAACAGUGGAAGAAAAUUAGUUAUGCAGAGCGGGCAGCGACGACACGGAGCCGAGGUACGUCGGAAGGGGCAAGUGUUACAAAGAACACUAAAGAUAUAAGCUCCAGAAUAAAUAGCAGUUAACUUUCCCCCGGAAGUUUUGUACAAAGAAAAUGUACCCGAACAGUGUGGUUCGUUUCACUGUCUGCGACCUGCUCUUUAUCGGUCUCGGUAUGGGCACUUUCUUACUAGACUUUGGGACUGAUGUUUGGGUGAUGGUCUCCUUCUACUUAGCUGGAGAUUAUUUUUGGGGCAGCAUGGUGUUGAGUCUGGCGCUGUUGUGCUCGGCGGUCGUCCAACUCUUCAGCUGGUUUUGGUUUGCCGGGGACCGGGAGCAGCUGGAUGAUGUUUCCAGGUCCGGAUUACCAAAGUUGAAGACCACGCCAGGAGACUGCGUCUUGGGCCUGUUGCAUUGGUUGCAGCUGGGAUUCCUGAUCAGGUACGUAACAGCACUGGAGCUCGGCUUCCGGGUAUACAGAGAAGGUGAGACCAUGGGUGUGCACUAUGUCAUUUACCUGGCCUGUGACAUCAGCAUGCUGCGACUCUUCGAGAGCAUCUUUGAGAGUGCUCCUCAACUUGCAUUAAUGCUCUACAUCAUUAUGCAGAGGAACCACGUGGAGAUCCACCAGUAUUUCUCCCUUGUGGCGUCGUUCCUCUCCAUCGCCUGGGCUCUCCUGGACUUCCACCAAUCCCUGCGCACCUCUCUUUCUGACAAACUGCGGCUUCGAUUCAAGUCGGCUGUGCCUUACUUCCUGUGUAACCUGCUGCUCACCUGCCCCAGGAUUAUAAGCAUCGCCUUGUUUGCAACUGUAUUCAGACAAUACAUCUUCCUGCACUUUGCUUUCGUUUGGCUGCCGAUGUUCUUCUGGGCGUGGCAGCAAGGCACGAACUUCAUGAAACGAUUUCCAGAAGAGGUCUUCUAUCGAGGUACAGUGGCCGUGGUCUUGUAUUUCACUUGGCUUAAUAUCGCUGAGGGAAGAACAUGCGUCAGACAGAUUAUUUAUCACUCGUUCAUAGCAGUGGAUUGUGGAAUUCUCAUUGGCUUUUGGUGGAUCCACAGAGACCCAGUUCUAACUGCUCCCUACACAUUUCUAAUACUUAUUGGUUUACCAUUAUCUUACCUCACUGGUGUGAUUGUGAAGUGUCUUUAUUACGUGUUUCUCCAUCCCUUAGUUGCAAAGGAACACAUACCAAGUGAUGAUGAAACAGACAGUUUACAGGAAGAUGGAUUCCGAUCGCUUUGUGAGAGGCCACCUUUCGUGAACAAGAGGAUGAAAAUCCUUUCCGAUAGUUUUUACUAUUUCCUACCUGAGGGGGAAAGUUCCAAUACUAAAACAGAGGAAACUAAAAUCUAAAGAUGGAGUAUUUUCUUAAAUGCAUGUUUGCACAAAGGAAUUCCCUCUGCAAUUGAACUUAUGUUGGAUUGAUUUCAGGGCAAAAACGUGUUUAAUGGGGCAUAUCUCAGCUUGAGGGAACAAAGUUAAAGCAAGUUGUUGUGUCGUUAUUAUUGCUGUAGAUGUGUCUCCUCCUGUCCUGCCAUUCUCAGGUGCCAUGGGGCUGGAAAAGGAGUCAGUCAGUUAACUAACUAUGAUGAGUAAGUUGCAACUUCUCACUGUGAAUCUUCAGGUUUGCACGUGCAGCGCAGCUAGCUCUCCCUUGCUGUCCGUUGCAAUGGAGCGAUAUUGAUUAACCACAAAGCUCAUUAGUUCACAAUCACUAUUAAUGAUCCUUAGACGAUAAUGACUCUAAGCCCUAUUUUCCAGUACCAACCUCGGCAUCCUUUUAAGCCGAGAGCAAGGAGUUCACAUUUUUUUGUCCAGACGAUUGAUAAACAGGUCAGGUCAAGUUUCACACACAAAAUGCUGGUUUAUUGUCAUUUAACUACAUCUAAGAGACAAUGUUCCGCCGAACCGGGGUGCAAAGCACAGUAGUAGACAUAAACAUACAAUAACUUGUGAAAGUAAGGAUUAAAUCUGCAGUGGAUUACACCUGAAUAAACAGCUGAAGUGCAUAAAUUAAAUAUUGUAAGGUACAGAACUGGUGACACUUUGAAUACGAUGCAGCAGGGAGUUCAGAAGCCCGAUGGCCUGAGGGAAGAAGCUGUUUCCCAUCCUGACUGCUCUUGUUUUUAUGCAUCGGAGUCUCCUGCCUGAUGUUAGAAAGUCAGAGAGGAUGCUGGAUGGAUGCUAAGGGUCUGCUCCUGUGAGAAUCAGUUAAGUUGGGUGGUGAGAGCCUUGCUUGCUUCAGUCUUAGGAAGCAGAGGCGCUGCUGUGCCUUCUUGUUCAGGGAGGUGAUGUUGAGGGAUCAGGUGAAGUCAUCCGUGAUGUAAACUCCCAGGAACUUUCUCUCUCUCUGGAGGAGCCAUUAAUUCACCAAGGGGGAUGGUUCGUCUGUUCCUUCCUGAAGUCCACAGCGAUUCCCUUUGUCUUCUCCACGUUCGGGCUUGGGUUGCUCCCCUCGUACCAAUCCACCGGCCGCUCCACUUCCUCCCUGUACUCCAUCUCGUCGCCGUCCUCGAUAAGGGCACCCACUGUGGUGUCAUCUGCAAACCCGAUGACACGGUCAGAGCCGGAUCCCGCGACACAGUCGUGCGUCGGCUGUGCGAACGGCAGCGGGCAGAGCACACAGCCAGUGCUCAGUGUAAUGGGACAACAGAUGUGGCUGCCCACACGGACUGACUGUGGCCUUGCUGUUAGGAAGUCCUGUAACCUAUUGCAGAAGGAGGUUUCGCAGGAUUACUAGGAAGUACCUACUUAGUAAAGGGGCCGCUACCAGCAGCUUGGGGAGCGUGAAGCAUUAAUGUAAGAUGAUCAAUAGAAAGGUUUAAAUGGAAUUAAUCAGGUUUUUAUUCCCCACUCAGAAAUUGGCAGUAGUGAGGAACCCACGGUCAAACCACAUUUAAUAAAGUCAAUGGACAAGCUCUUGAGGUUCCUUAGCUUGCAGGGCAGUGGACUGAGAGAUUAAAGUGGGCUUGGACUGGAUCGCUCUUCCAUGGCCAACAAAAUUAUCUCCUUCAAAGCUGUACAUCUCCAGUUUUUUUUUUAAAUCUUGUUUUUGUAAGGAAUACAAGUGUACCAAAUUUAUGCCAAUUAGAAUGUCUUUCAAUAUAAUUUGAGGGAACAAAAUUAGGUGUAAAGAACUUAAUGACUGAUCAUAAUCAGUCAUUAAGCUUUGCUAAUUUUUUAAUUGCCUGAAGUAUUAAAACAGUACCUAAUUUCCCUUGCUAUUCUACAAUAGUGUCAUAGAAAAGUACAGCACAGAAACAGGCCUUUUGGCCCAUCUAGUAGGUCCUGACUGAUUUAAAACUGCCUACUCCCAUCGACUUGCACCAGGACCAUAGCCCUCCAUCCCCCUCCCUUCCAAGCACCUAUCCAAACCUCUCUUGAACAGUGAAAUCGAGCUCACGUGCACCACUUGUGCUGGCAGCUCGUUCCACACUCUCACAGCCUUCUGAGUGAAGAUGUUUCCCUUCAUGUUCCCCUUAAACUUAUUGCCUUUCACCUUUAACCCCUGACCCCUAAUUGUAGUCCCACCCAACCUCAGUGGAAAAGUCUGCUUGUGGUUACCCCAUCUAUACUCCUCAUAAUUUUGUAUACGUCUAUCAAAUCUGCCCUCAAUCUUUUAAAUUCCAAGGAAUAAAAUCCAAAUACAAGGAACCCAGAGGAGGUGAAUUGGAAGGACCUAUUUCCCUUGGCAUGGAGAUGCAUUGGCACUUAGUAAAUGCUCAGUUGGAAUACUUAGUUCAGUUUUGGUCUCUGCACCAUGUGGGAUCAGUGCAAAUUCACAAGACUGCUGCUUGGUGUGAAUUAAUACAACUACAAGGGCCACAUUGCACAAUUCUCACUGGAACAUGGGUUCAAAGAAUGAUUCUGUAAUUAGAUUAUGAGGGGAAUUAAAGAUUGUAGGAAAUGGAAUGAGACAUGAGUUUGCAAUUACAGCUCAUGUUGUGUGGUUGAAUGGUGAACUUUGUUGGUAGAAUUUGCAAUUAAUGUCUCCUGCUCUGGAAUAUAGCACAGGAACAGGCCAUUCAGCCCACACUGUUGUGCUGAACCAACCAGCUAAACAAAAUCACCCAAGCAUAAGUCCGUCAGAACAUCCAUAUCCCUCCAUCUUCCUCAUAUCUAAACAUCUCUUAAACCCUCUGUAUUUGCCUCUACCAUCUUUCCAGGCAUCCACCAAAAAGAACUUGACCCUCAAAUCCUUCCCUUGAAUCUAACCCCUCCCCACCCCCAUCUUCAAUGCAUGCCCUCUGGUUUCAGGCUCUUAACUCAGUGAAGAUAAAGAAGUUCUCCUUCACAGCUGAAUACUGAUUUCAAUUUGCUAUUAAAUAGCUCAACAACAGAUGUAACGUGCGUUGAAGCUGAGCAUCCUGAGGUUUUUAGCAGAUGGAAGAUGUCAGUUUUCUUCACAAUGACUAACAAGGAGGAACUAUGGAAAACACAUUGGUUUUUUUUUCAGAUGUGCAACAGACAGCUUUUGCACUUUUAUUCCUUUCUGCUGGUACAUCACCACUGAACACGUUCCUAGGAACUCUGCAGGUUUCCACGCAGCAGUGCACCGAGUUCCUGAGAGCCCACAUCGUGGGUGACCUCGCCUGGUCCCUUGAUACCACCUCCCUGAGCAAGACCCAGCAGCUUCAUCCGUAGUUUUUAUCCACAACUUCAUAAGUUAUUGUGUGUUAUGUGCUUUACAUCCUGGUUCAAAGAAAUGUCUUGCUUCUAUAUACAUCGUAUGGUUAUAUACAUUAUAUAUAUGUGUGUAGUUAAACGACAAACUUCAUUUUACUUGAAGGUCACUAAUAAUUUUGUAACUUUAUGAGAAUAUUUUUUGUGAAACCAAGGGAUUGUAUAGUACUAACAAUAACAUUUAUUAUUGAUUAUUAGCAUACAUAGAUUUAUCCUGUUCUGUGGUUACAAACCAUUUCUUGAUAAUAGAUGAAAGGCUCAUUUACGCCUUCUGAAUAACACCGAUCAUUGCUAGGUUCAGGGUCGUGAAUUCCAAGGUUCAACUCUGCAUUUCUGACUCCGAUUGCUUUCUUAGGUAGAUUCCUUCAUUGACUUCCAUUUCUGCCCACCUGCAAACGGCAUCCUUUAGCUUUUCGGUGAAGUAGCUUGGAUGUCAUAGCAAAAGGCGUCCUACUACUGUAGGAUGGUCCGUUCACUACGUUCAGUGUCACCGUUCAAAGUAAAAUUUAUUAUCCGAGUACAUACACGUCACCACACUCAAUCCUGAGAUUCUUUCUCCUGCAGGCAUGCUCAGCAAAUCUAUAGAAUAGUAAAUGUAAACAGGAUCAAUUCAAGGGCAUAGAAGACAACAAACUGUUGAAAUUCUGAAUAUAAAUAACAAGAGCAUGAAAUAACAAGAAAAAGAGUCAAAGUGAGAUAAUUGGGUUCGGGAACAUCUCAAUGGAUGAGUGUAAAUACCCUCUUUGGUUCAAGAGCCUUAUGGUUGAGGGGUAGCAACUGUUUUUGAACCUGGUGGUGUGAGUCCUGAGGCUCCUAUACCUUCCAACUGAUGGCAGCAAUGAGGAAAGAACAUGGUCUGGACCUUUGAUGAUGGAUGGUGCUUUCCUGUGACACUGUUCCAUAUAGAUGUGCUCAGUGGUUGGGUGGGCUUUACCCAUGAUGUAUUGGGCAAAUCCAUUACCUUUUGGAGGAUUUUCCAUUCAAAGGCAUUGGUGUUUCCAUGCCAGCUAGUCAAUACACUCUCCACCACACAUCUGUAGAGGUUUGUCAAGAUUUUUGAUGUUGUGCCAAAUCUCUGUGGCCUUCUCAGGAUAGUGAAGGAUAAGGGAGUGAAAAAAAAACAAGGCUCAGUCCUUGAGAUUGGAGACCAAGAGACUGCAGGUGUGGAAAGUCUGAAGCAGCACACAAAAUGCUGGAGGAAUGCAGCAGAUCAGGCAGCAUGUCCCAGCGAGUUGUGCCGGCUCUCAUGUUGCUCAAACCUUGGGGCUUCUCAAGUUACCUAGUAUCAGCGGCUGGGACUGGAACACUUCAGAGAAAGUUACUAAUACACCGGACGAGCUCUGAUGCCUUGUUGAGUUUCCUGAUAAACUGUGAAAUUAAUACAUGCAAUAAAAUAACCGAAAUUUAAGUAAGAUGCACCAGCUAUAGAAGUUAAAGCAAUAAAUGAAUGGGUUGAAUGGGAAAAGAAUAGUGUUUAGGAACAGGAUUUUACCCAUUCAGGGCACAGUAACUAUGCUCCCUAUACUGUGCUGGUGAUAAGUAGACUUUAUGCCAAAAGAAAGGGAUGAGUAUAAUUCUUGUGAGGAGCUGUAUGGAAACCCCCUAACCACUCCUCCUUUGUUGUGGUGAUCACAGGGAAAUGUGUCAGAGCUCAAAUAACACUCAGUGGUAUGAACACUGAAUUUCCAGUUCCAGCCGACCGCCACUUCCGGUAUGCCCUGCUUUCUCAGAAGUAAACAAGAUGCUAUAGAGGAACUCAGCAGAUCAGGCCGCAGGCAUAGAGGAAAGUGGCCAUUUGCCGUUUUGGAGUGAAACUCUUCACCUGGAUUUGGAAGGGGUGGUGGAUGGCACAGUAGCAUACUGGUUAGCACAAUGGAUUACAGUGCAGGCGACCCCGGUUCAAUUCCCGCCACUGCCUGUUAGCAGUUUGUACAGGACUGACUUGUGACCUUGACUGUGUGGGUUUCCUCCCAAAGACCAGUGGAUAGAUUGAUUUGUCAUUGUAAAUGAGGGGUUGCUGGUGCUAGCCUACCAGCCACCAGCUCCAUUUAGUUUCACAGAAUGUGUACAAUAUGCACCCUGAAAUUCUUGCUCUCCGCGGACAUCCUCGAAACAGAAGAAAAACCCCAAAAUAAUGAAUGGCAGGAAAGGGCCAGUAUUCUCAUGAAGGAUCCCACUCCUGCCCAUGGACUGGUUGUCCCACUCCCAUCAGGGAAGAAGCUGCAUACCAUCCACACCAGACUCAAAAACAGUUGCUUUCCCCAAGCAGUAAGACUGAUCAACACCUCCAUCAACUACCCCCCCUGCCAAUACUUUAUCAUUUCCUGUCAGUCACCUUAUGUACAAACACUCCUGUGCCUCACUUUAUGCAAUCGUUCUACAGUAGGUAUAUAACUACCUUACAUACUUAUAUUUAUUGUGCUUUUUAAUUGUUAGUGUUCCUUAUUACGUUUUUAUUGUGCUGCAUUGGACCAGGAGUAAAAAUUACUUUGUUCUCAUUUA